UGGAAAGAAAAAAAAAAUCAGACAAGUAAAAGGCACAGCACAGUCAUCAGACGUGAACCACCGGAGAGUGGAGAUUGUUUCCUUCUGCUGAAAUCGGAAAACCCAUCGAGCCCUAGAGUUUGUGAUCGUAAUUCGCGGAGUGGGAAAAGCUGUUUGCGACUUGAACCUUGGUGAUUGUGGUAGAGAAAACGAGAAAUCCGCGAAGAAGUUAUACUGUGUAACGAAUUUGUGAUUUUGCAGUUCGGAAUGAUCCUAAGAUUAGCACAACCAUGGCUGCUGAUCAUGGUGCACAGGUUACAUACGUAGAUGAUGAGCCUUCCUCUGGCUCGGGAGAUGAUGCGAAUGUCGUGGAUGGACAGAACAGAAGUACACCAUCUGCUUCUUGUCUGCGUAAGAGAACCCGCAAGGCCUCCAGUGGCGACGCCAUAGUGGAAGCCAUGCUUGAAAUCGCAUCGGCUUCCAAGAUGAGGGCUGCUGCUUUGACGAAGAAGAAAGAGGAUAGGUUUUCCAUUAGCAAAUGCAUAAAAGUGCUCGAUGAAAUCCAAGAUUCAUCUUCUAACAGCGACGAUUUUGACGUAGAAUUGGAUGAGAUGGAACUAAUGGCUGCGGCUGCCAGUUACUACUAUUUACGCGGCCUAUCUAGCCCGCAUCCGAGUAAUUUCCCUCUUACGAGAUGUGCUUUUAUGAAGGGCUUUCUUGAAGGGCCUGAUGAUGAUUGCAGGGAAAUGCUUCGGAUGGAUAAACGAGUGUUUCGUAAACUUUCCGACACUCUACGGCGGAAAUGUUUACUGCGGGAUACUGCGGGUGUUAUGAUAGAAGAGCAGAUCGCCAUAUUCUUGAACAUUGUGGGUCACAAUCAGCGUAACAGAGUGAUACAAGAAAGAUUUCGACAUUCUGGUGAAACCAUUAGCCGGCAUUUCAACAACGUGUUGAAAGCGGUCAAGUCACUGUCACGGGAAAUCUUGAGGCCACCACCUCAGGCGACACCUCGGGAAAUAACCGGUAGCAAAAGAUUUUAUCCGUAUUUCAAGGAUUGUAUCGGGGUUAUCGACGGGAUGCAAAUUCCAGCUCAUGUUCCCGCAAAAGAGGCUUCCCGUUUUCAAAACAAGAAUGGGGUAUUGACCCAAAAUGUGCUUGCAGCUUGCACCUUCGACUUGCAGUUCAUAUUCGUGUAUCCCGGAUGGGAAGGUUCUGUCCCGGAUUCACGGAUCUUGGGAGGAGUCCUGAACAACCCUAAUCAAAAUUUCCCCCGAGUCCCCGAAGGGAAAUACUAUCUCGUGGACAGAGGCUACACAAACGUGAAGGGAUUCAUCGCUCCGUACCCAGGAGUGAGGUACGAUACGCGAGAAUUCCGAGGCGCGAACUCGAUACCGAGGAGCCCUGAGGAGCUGUUCAACCACAGGCACAAGUGCUUGAGCAAUGCCAUUAUGAGAUCGAUCGACGUGCUGAGAACGAGGUUUCCCAUCCUGAAAUCCGCCCCUCAGUACGCUUUCCACGUGCAGCGGGAUCUGGUGAUCGCUGCUAGCGUUCUGCACAACUUUAUACGGCUCGAAGACCGCAACGACUGGCUCUUCCUGGGGUCGGGACGUGAUGCGGUGGAAGACUGGCCGGAACAGGAAGAUGAGGAAGAGGUGGAGUUGAUGCGGUUGGAAUCUACACCGCAUGAGCAUGUUGCUGCUUCUCUGCGAGAGAACAUUGCGUUGAGAAUGUGGGAUGAUUUCAUGAACGAGCGGGAGGAAUGGUGAUCUCUUUGAGAAUCGAGCCAAAUAUGAGUUGUUCGAUUUCUGGGGGGGAGUAUAUAUGAGAGUACACAGCGUCUGAAACGCCAUUGAAGGACCAGCAGAGAUGGCGACG